UCAUUUAUGUCCUGGAUGGUUUCUAGUGAAGGUGAGCGGUAUUGGAUGCUUGUUUUAACAGGUCCUGGCUCAGUGUUUGAACUGCUAACAGUGAAAGACAAGGAGAGACUGCAGCAGGAGGCAGUUUCCAGGAAGCUGCCUGUCCAGAGCCAGGCACCAGCCUCGAAGAAACCCAGCGAUUCCCAGCUUCCUGCACUUGGAGCAAGGCUGACAAGUUCGACUGAAUUUAAACCCUUUCUAAAGAAUCCAGAGAAACAGAAGAGAUAUGAGGAAUAUGUGGAGAAGCUUAACUCAGGCCAAAGCCGUGCCCUGGCCAGCUGCUUGGACCCGAACAUGACCGAGUGGGAGCGAGAGCGGGAGCAGUAUGAGUUCAGCCGAGCAGCAAUGCUGUAUCGUUCCACCAGUGCCUCACUGUCGUCCCGCUUCACUCGGGCCAUGGUUUCAGACGACACGGACAAAGUGGAAGUGCUUGAACAACAGGAGAGUGACGUCAAUGACCAAGAGGCUGCAGUAAAAAUGAAGAUGUUUGGUCGUCUCACCAGGGACAAGUUUGAAUGGCAUCCCGAGAAACUUCUCUGCAAACGAUUCAAUGUCCCUGAUCCUUACCCAGGGUCCACAAAGUCUGGGCUGCUCAAGGUCAAGAGGGAUAAAUAUUCGGUGUUCAACUUUUUAAAUGUCCACACGGCUCCUGAACCCCGAAAACUGGAAUCUAAAACGGAAACUAUAAAACAUACUACAGCUCUGAAAUCUCCUGAAUCCAGGAGACCAUCUCGGUGGGACGUGUCAGCAGAGGAUAAGGAGAAAGGUCUGACUGAUCAUGCUUCCGGAUUGAUUGGAUCGGAUUCUACAGGCGAAACAAGUUUAAUUCAGCAAACGGAAAAAGAAGUCCAACAAGGCCCAGAAACCGAAACUGCAGAGCUGGAAGAUGCUGAGGGGGAAGGAAAGCGGCCAUCCAUGGACUUGUUUAAAGCUAUCUUCACCAGCUCAUCUGAGGAGAAGUCUUCAUCUUCCUCCUCUGAAGAGGAUGAAGGUGAGGACACCAGUGAAGUGGACCCUGCUCCUGGGGGACGUGUUUCAGUACAGUCUGGACCUCCUAACCCUCCAGCAGACCUUCAGCCAGUGAAGGAACUUGAUGGAAGGCCACAGCCUGUGCAGUGCAGCCCAGAGAAUCCGAAAGGCGGGGAAGAGUUCGGGCCCCAGCUCCCUCCAGCUCUCCGCUUUGGUAACACCAAACCACCACCUGAUGACACUGUGGUUUCCCCGGUAAUGAGAUGCAAAUGGCUAGAGGAAGGCAGCAGCGGUACAGCUCAGCAGAAAGGGAAACCGAAAAAGAAGCACAAAGACAGGAAGGAAAAGAAAGCGAGAAAGGAGAAGAAAAAGAAACACAAAAAACACAAACACAAAUCCAAGCUCAGGGGCAGGAAGCUGAAGGACAAUGACAGCAGCUCAGGGGACUCUGAAUCUGAACAGAGUGAUGGUGUGAGUGACCACACAGGCCCCCAGUCUGUGUCUGAUGCAAAUCUGCUGCUGCGAGAAGGAAAACAGCAACAAGCUGCCAUUCCUAGAUGUCACAGUAGAGCGAACAGCUAAUGGGGAACUUCAGACCAGUGUCUACAGGAAAACAACA